UCCGGCCGUCAUGUCUUCGCCUUCCUCGUUCUCGCGGCGCCAGUGGUGUUACUUGUGCGACCUGCCCAAGAUGCCGUGGACGGUGGUGUGGGACUUCAGCGAGGUGGUGUGCCGCGGCUGUGUCAACUACGAGGGCGCCAACCAGAUCGAGUUCCUGAUCGCUAGCGCGCGGCAACUGAAGCGCACCCACGGCAUGCAGGACGGCAACGUCCGCUCGCCGGGACCGGGACCCUCGCCCCACAAACACGCCGCACCGGGCCGUGGUGAGCCUGCGACGGAUGGCGGCCGUCCCCACGGUGAGCGCUUCGACCGGAGUGGUCGAGGGGAGGGCGGCAGCGCGGCCGCCGCUCGCGUGCCGCCCAACGGGCUGCACCGAGACGGGCAGCCGUCACAUGAGGUCAACCGCCAGAGCCCCAGCGGCAGCCGGAGACCCAUGCUCGGAGCGGCCAUACCCCCGAAUCUCGUGACUCAGAGCAUAGCAGGAAUCCCCCACGGGCUUUUGACGGGCAUGCCGGCUGGCCUGACCGCUCGGACGGCCCCCAUGAGCACCCCGAUGAUAUUCCCGGCACCGGUGCUGGCCGAGAUGAACCGCCGCCAGCUCGGCAUCGGUAUGGGAAUCGCCCCCUUCAUCACGCCGGAGUUCGAGCGAGAGCUGAGCUCAUCCCAAGCCAAGUCGCAACAGCCACAGGUCCACGUCGGCUCCAGCAAGACCGCCGGCCUGCCAUCAUCAUCAUCGGCCUCCGUCAGCCAAACGAGCCCCAAGCCCGCGUCGUCGCCUGCCAGGCAGCCGCGGCCCCUCGCCGCCCGCGCUGGAGGAGAGCCGCUGUCGUCCAGCAGCUCGUCAGAGGCGGCCACCACUGCUGCAGCCGCCCUGCCCCACAGUGGAGCGUCCGAGGUGGGCUCCACGUCGGCCGCCAGCAGCCUAACCGGAAGCACCUUGUCCUGCACGCUGUGUCACGAGAGGCUGGAGGACACACAUUUUGUGCAGUGUCCUUCCGUGCCGGGACACCGGUUCUGCUUCCCAUGCACCAGAGUGUACAUCCAGAGUCAGCGGGGUGAUGGCGAAGUCUACUGCCCCAGCGGUGGGCGCUGCCCUCUGGACACGUCGGUAAACAGCCCCCCCUGGGCAUUCAUGCAGGGUGAGGUGUCCACCAUCCUGGGCACUGGCGUGACGGGCGUCCCGUCGGCUGCCCCACCCGGAGCGGGGUCUGGUGGACCCGGGGGUGCCGGUGGCUCCAAUGGGGCCCCGCCACAGAGCGGCGAUGUCACCGUCAAGAAGGAGCGAGAGACGUAAUGGUGGUUUCUGUGGCAAAAUGGAACACAAGGCAGGCAGGCAGGCACAACACACAAACACCCAUCCACAAACAUGUUUUUACUCCUCUGUAUUCCCUCUAGGUGUGGGCCACCAAAUCUUUUUGAAGUAUACACAUAGAGUGAUCAUGCAUCUUAUCAUUAUCCAACACACUGGGAACAUUUUCCGUGCAUAGACGAGCCAAAAUGUCCCCUCCAUAAAUGUGGGACGUUCGUGGUGGUGGUGCUGCAUGACAGACUGACAAGAACACUUACACACACACCAGCAUCUUUUUUUUUUAAAUACCCCUUGGGAUAUCAAAGGCAGUGCCCUGCUAAGAUGAGGAAACACACACGCUUGUCUCAAUACAGCCCCUGAACUCACUCCAAUGUAGUUCCUUGGCACAAACACCAGUCAAAAUGUCCACACAAAGAAUUAGAGCCCCACCAGCAAAAACAACAUUGGACAAUCAGGCUGGUGCCACACUUGCAUCAAAGUUCAUCAAGCAAACAUCCCCCCCCCCCAAUUUCCACUAUCAUGUCACCUGCCUGCCAGUGUUUCCUUCUCAAAGGUUCCUGGUUGUUUCAAGUGCAAUCAUCCAUUCGACAAGCUGUCAUUGAAAAAGAUUGUACAUCAUUUCAUAAACUUGCCAAUGUUUUCUUUAAGUUUUUUUUUUUGUAGAACCAGAAUGUUCCUUGCACAGAUGAACCAAACCAAAGCCAAUGUAUGUGUAUACAAUCUGUACGGCUAUAUGCUGACGUUAACGGUGUAAGACAAGUGCCUUGUGCAGAAGUGUCCUGCCGCACUGGCGUUGCCAUGGCGGCAACCAAUCUGCUCUGUCAUCUUUUGAAUGCAGCUUCUUGUACAAAACGACCCGGCGGGAAUAAAUCAGAUGGAAAAAG